GCAAAGCCACUUCCUGAAUCGACAGGAGUGUAUGUGGUGGGGGGCGGGGGGAGGUUGGAGCACAGCUGUAAUUGUGGGCUUUUAUUUCUUCAUUGUAUCUUGUGAGCGCUUACAAGGGGAGGGAAGGUGAAGGUAGGCAGUCUACCGGGAUUUAUAGGACUUGGGCUUUUUGCAAAAGCACAGUCGGGGAAUCAUUAACCCUCCCCUGCCUCCACCUUCAGAUUAGUAUUCCCCAUCCCCCCACUGAGGCAGUCGCCUUCUCCGGCUGUGUCCUUCCCCUCCGCGUCCAAGCCGAGGCUACAGAGCUGAAGCCCUCGCUUGGACCAGUCCCAGGCUCCUGACAUUUAGGUCAGGGCCCCGAACUGGUCGUUCUGGUUUCGCGUUGGCGUUCGCUCCUGACCCCCUACCGCCACCCCGUCCUCACAUCACACACCUCUCGGCACACGUCAGUUUUAUUGAGAAACUUUAGACUUGCAAAGACCUUGUGACUAGAGGGAGGGACUCAGACAAGCUUCGAAAUCCUUUUUUCUGAAGGGGAACGCUUUUAAAUGCUAAGUAAAAGCCCACCUAGGUUUCGGGAAGGGGUCGCGGACGGAGGUGCAGGACACCUGGAGCGCGGAAGUCCGGAUGCGGUGCGAGGGUCUGCGUCGCAAGCCGCCCACUAGAGCUCCCAGCCAGGGGCAGUUGGGGGGGGGUCCCUCAAGUUGAAAGACGUGGGAACCACGCUAGCGUGAGUCAGCGCUGCCCCAGGGGCCCUCCGCCCCUUGGAGGUGGGUCGUAUACCGGGAGCGGAGUAGAGUAGGCCGGGAGAAACUGGGCCAGCCAGCACUUUUAGCUCGAGGGGCCUCGAGGACUCUUCGCGUCCCUGGAGACAAGGGCACUACACGCACUUCAUAAUGAACAGUUUCUAGGGAGAAGUAAACAGCAGGCGGAGCCAGGCUCACGGACGUAGGCCAGGCCCUCAUCGCCCCAUUCUCAGGCGGGAGCAUGCUGGGCCUCAGAGGGCUGCUGCUCCCCCCGGCGGGGAUCCUGCUCCUGUUGCCAUUCCUGCCGCCGCUACUGCUGCCAGCAGCCCCUGCGCCCCAUCGCGCUUCCUACAAACCGGUCAUCGUGGUGCACGGGCUCUUUGACAGCUCAUACAGCUUCCGCCACCUGCUGGAAUACAUCAACGAGACACACCCUGGGACUGUGGUGACUGUGCUCGAUCUCUUCGAUGGAAGAGAGAGCUUGCGACCCUUGUGGGAACAGGUGCAAGGGUUCGGAGAGGCUGUGGCCCCCAUCAUGGCAGAGGCCCCUGAAGGGGUGCAUCUCAUCUGCUACUCACAGGGGGGCCUGGUGUGCCGGGCACUGCUGUCCGUCAUGGAGGAGCACAACGUGGAUUCUUUCAUCUCUCUCUCCUCUCCACAAAUGGGACAGUAUGGAGAUACGGACUAUUUGAAGUGGCUUUUCCCUACCUCCAUGAGGUCUAACCUCUACCGGAUCUGCUACAGCCCCUGGGGCCAAGAAUUCUCCAUCUGCAACUACUGGCACGACCCCCACCAUGAUGACUUAUACCUCAAUGCCAGCAGCUUCCUGGCCCUGAUUAAUGGGGAAAGAGAUCAUCCCAAUGCCACUGCAUGGAGGAAGAACUUUCUUCGUGUGGGCCGCCUGGUGCUGAUUGGGGGUCCUGAUGAUGGUGUUAUUACCCCCUGGCAGUCUAGCUUCUUUGGUUUCUAUGACGCUAAUGAGACGGUCUUGGAGAUGGAGGAGCAACCGGUUUAUCUGCGGGAUUCUUUUGGGUUGAAGACACUCUUGGCCCGGGGAGCCAUAGUGAGGUGUCCGAUGGCUGGGAUCGCCCACACGGCCUGGCACUCCAACCGUACCCUUUAUGAGACCUGCAUUGAACCCUGGCUCUCCUGAGGAUGUCCUCAGAGAUGCCCCGGGAACUCCCCAGCCCAGAAACCAAGCGGUGGCCUUGGAAGGCAAAUGUCAGGCUCUGAUGUGCCUGGGACCACCCCACUGUUCCCACACUGCCCGCACCAACCAGGGCUCCCACGACCCCUUCCUCCUCUUCUCUGUACAUGACAAAUCCUGGUGUUCCCCCAGCUCAUGUCUGGGGUUUGCUCCGUGCUCUCUCAGCCUCCCAAGCCCAAGGUUGGGAAGAGAGAAACCAGGUUUUUAACUUGUGGCUGCUCCUGCUGUUGCUGCUGCCGCCGCCAACCCUUCAUCUCUGGCUGUUACCGAAGGAGAACCCAGCCCCUGCCUGCUACAGGGGUCUCCUUCUAGGCCACUCAGGUCAUUUUUAGCUUCUCUUCUCCCCAUGUUCCCUUUUCCUCAGCUGUCCCAACUCCCAGGAAGGACUACCCAUGAGAGUGGGGUUCUGAGGCUCCCCUAUGGGGACAGUUCUGUUCUUGAAAUGUCAGUGUUGGGGAAUAUCUAUGGCCUGUGAGGCCCAUCUCAGGUUUGGGGAUCCCCCAGUCCCUACGUUCAGUGUUGGGGUACCCCCGGGAGCCUAGUUUCUUUGAGGCCCCAGCCCCUCUUUUAGCUACCAUUGAAUGGGUGUUAACCCUGUAUUAAUGGAAAUAAAGUUCCAUUUCCUCA